AUGGAUGCCCUUGUUGCAAAGGGUAUGGGGACUGCACAUUGUGGCGUAGGAUGGGUAUUUCGCUUGCAGAGAAGGCAAAAGCGAGGAGGUGGAGGGACUGGACGAGAUUUUGUUUUAAGGGUCUGCGUUGGGAUAGGGGGAGUAGUUGAGGAGUGCUGGUUGACUAAGGUUGGUAACGGAUACACGUCAAAGAAUGGGUUAAAAUGCAUGAGACGUGAUGGUCUCGGAGAGGGAGGCGAUGGGGUACGUGGAGGUCUGGGCCAGCAAGUUCUUGUGCUAGGAGAUUGA